AUGGAGAAGGCGCAAGCAACUUUUCUGUUGUGGGUAGAGUUGCCGAGUUGGAGAUUGUUGAGUGUUGAGGCAGUUUCUUACUUCUUGGUGCUUGCUGAUAUUCACAUUGAUCAAAAGAUAAGAGACUUUUUAGUUGAAGUGGGUCCAAAAAGAGUUGAUGACAUCUUCUUUCCCAGAGAUAAUAAAGAAAUGGUUGCCGAGUUCGAUCCAAUAAUGGAAGAACACAUUCGACGUGCCCAAGCACGCGAGAUUCAGUAUACAUAUCUAGGCCCUAAGAUUCAAAAUGAAUUGAUACAAAUGUUAGCAGGCGAGACACGCUGGAAAAGUCAUGUGGAAAGCGUCAAGCCUAUAAAAGAACAAUCUGUACAAAUAAGAUAUGCUUUACUUGACUUGGCAAGCAUUGUUGAAGAUCCUAAAACAAAACGUGAAGCUGAGUCCUUAGCAAUAUAUGAACUUGAAAAUUUUGAGUUUUUACUUGGCAUAGUAAUUUGGUAUAAGUUGUUGCAUGCAAUCAAUACUGUGAGUAAAUUUUUUCAAGCCGAAAACAUGGAUAUUAAUGAAGCCAUCAAACUUUUACAAGCACUUAUUUCAUUUCUCGAAGAUUAUAGAGAAUCUGGGUUUGCCAGUGCCAUGGAUGAAGCUAAACAAAUGGCAAGUAAAAUGGGAAUUGAAGCUGUAUUUCAAAAGAAACGUAGCAUUCGAAGAAAGAAACAAUUCGAUGAAAGUGGCACUGAAGAGAUAACAUACUCGGCUGAAGAUUCUUUUAGAGUUGAGUAUUUUCUCUUUAUAAUUGAUCAAGCUCGAUCAUCACUUCAAACUUGUUUUGAACAAUUUACACAUUAUGAAGAGAUAUUUGGAUUUUUGUUUAACAUGGAUAGAUUAAAGAUUAUGCCAGUUGACAGUUUGCUGAAAUCUUGUAUGAAUCUUGAGCAGUAUUUAGAACAUAAUGGACAUUCAGACAUUAUAGGUGAUGAUUUAUGUUCGGAGUUGAUCGUCUUGAGGUGCUAUUUAACUAGCGAAACAAAAAGAGCAAUUGAUGUGCUACAUUACUUGAAGAAAAUGAAUGGUUGUUUUCCGAAUGCUUGCAUUGCUUACAAGAUUUUGCUCACCAUCCCGGUUACAGUUGCAUCAGCAGAAAGAAGUUUUUCCAAGUUGAAAUUGAUCAAGACUUAUAUCCGAUCAACUAUGUCACAGCAAAGAUUGAAUGGUUUAGCCAUGUUAUCAAUUGAAAAAGAAAUGGUUGAACUACUCGACUAUACAAAAUUGAUCGAUAUUUUUGCCUCGAAAACUGCAAGACGAGUUGUAUUUAAGUGA